AAAUUCGACGUCAGUUUGAAAAUAAUUUUAAAAAACUCAUCUCGUCUCCAUAAUCCAUGCCAUCGUGGUCAUUAUAAUAUUUGUUUGGCCCGACUUCCAAAGACAACAAUAUAAAGGUCGUGCUAAAAAAAUCGCAGUGCCGUGUUUAUUAUUAUUUUCCAGACGCGUAACCGCCGUAACCUUUAACCCGGUUGCCAAAGAUUAUCAUGCGUGUACAGUGUACACAUAGGUGGUGGGAAAGAAUAAUAAUAUAAAACGUCGUAGUGUGCAAUAAAUACGUUCAGCCGCGGAUUGCCUCUUCAAUAAUCGUAGAUAGGUCAUUGCUGUUGUUUCAAAUCGGGAUAGACACUGGCUGGCAGCCCAUUACAAUUUGCGUGCGCAAUCUAAAUAUAGGUUUUCAGCGGUUUCGCGAGUGUCUCGUGAAAAUAUAUAAUAUAAUGUACGGAAUUAAUAAUCCCGUAUAAUAUUAUGUACCUACUUGUGUGAGCAGCUAUUAAAUCAGUACAUUAAUUCUGCGCGCGACAUGCAAUCCGCAGCUGCAGUGGUCCUGUUUUUGUUGUCCGGUUUCGCGGUCUGUGCCGAGACUGCAGAGGAUGGGGAACGCAUCACCGUCGUUGGUUUGUUUCCUUCCGAAGAUUCAAUAGAACAAAUGGCUUUUGAAUUAGCCAUACAUAAAGUAAACUUAGAUCCAACACUUUCAGACGUCAAACUUGAAGGCCGAGUAGAAAUCGUCGACAUCAACGAUGGUUAUCAGACUAGCAAAAAAGUGUGCGAAUCUCUCGAGUCUGGCAUUGGAGCUAUAUUCGGUCCCACAGGCUACGAGUCAUCGGCUAUAGUCCAAUCGAUAUGCAAUUCGAUGGAAAUCCCCCAUAUCGAAACCCAUUGGAAAAUGAACCCGAGACAACAACCAAACUAUUACAUGAACGUCUAUCCGGAUCCGGUGACCCUCAGUCGCGGAUAUACAGCCAUCGUCCGUGACAUGGAUUGGACUUCCUUUACUUUGUUGUACCAACGAGACGAAGGACUCUUAAGGUUGCAGCACUUAAUCCAAGAUUAUUCUGAACUAACCAAAUUAUCAGAUACCGAAUUAUCGGCUAUUACUCUUAUUAAGUUACCCGAAAAUAACGAUUUCCGACCUAUGCUGAAAGAGGUAAAAAAAUCUCUAGAGAGUCAUAUUGUCCUAGAUUGUGAUACGAAUAUAAUAUUAACUGUAUUGGAGCAAGCUGAAGAUGUAGGCCUAAUGGACGAUUAUCACAGUUUUAUUAUUACUUCUCUGGAUGCACACACCAUAAAUUAUGGCCACUUACAGUUUAAACGUACCAAUAUCACUGCAGUGAAAUUAAUAGAUCCGUCAAGUCCAACAGUGACUAGUAUAAUGGCCGAUCUCGAAUUCGUUCAACAAAGAAUGAAUUUGGAUAUGGAAGUAUUUCGUGCAGAUACUAUUACAGUUAACGCGUUAUUGAUGUUUGAUGCAGUCAAUGUGUAUGCUAAAGCAUUGCGUGGUAUUGGAGGCACUAAAGUAAUCAAGGCUGAAUCUAACAGUUGUGCAAAUAGAUCAAAUACGGGAUGGUCUAGUGGAUUUAGUCUUAUCAACUUCAUGAGAGUCAUAGAAGUCGACGGUCUUACAGGCAAAUUACGAUUUGACCAAAAUUCCGGAUACAGAAGUUAUUUUACAUUGGAAAUGGUUGAGCUGACAAAUACGGGAUUCAAAAAGAUCGGCGUCUGGGAUCCACAAAACGAAAUGUCGUACACGAGAACUAGGAAUCAGAUGUUAGACGAUCUAGUGAACGCAAACAUGAACAAGACUUUCAUUGUUGCUUCAAAAAUUACCGAACCGUAUAUGAUGUUGAAAAUAGAUCAUAAAGAUCGCAUUGGCAACGACAAGUACGAAGGAUACGUAGUAGAUUUGAUACGUAUGAUUUCGGAAGAGAUCAACAUCACUUACGAGUUUAAAUUACGGAACGAUGGUAACGGCAAAAAAGACAAGAAGACUGGAAAAUGGGAUGGACUUAUCGGAGAAGUUCAUGAAUUGAGAGCUGACUUAGCGGUUUGUGAUCUGACCAUCACACACGACAGGAGGACCGCGGUUGAUUUCACGACUCCUUUCAUGAAUUUAGGAAUCAGCAUUUUGUUCAGUAAACCGAAAGAACCAGAAACGAAUUUAUUCUCUUUCACACAACCUUUAUCGUUUCACGUAUGGAUAUAUACCGCAACUGCAUAUUUAGGUCUAUCAAUUAUUCUUUAUAUAUUAGCUAGAAUAACUCCUAAUGAGUGGCAAAAUCCUCAUCCGUGUGCAACAGAGCCCGAAGAACUCGAAAACUCAUUAUCCUUGAUAAAUUGUCUAUGGUUUUCUUUAGGUUCUAUAUUAUGUCAGGGGAGUGAAGUAUUGCCAAGAGCUUUUUCGACGAGAGUGUGCGCGUCGAUGUGGUGGUUUUUUGCAUUAAUCGUAACUCAAUCAUACACUGCUAAUUGGACCGCGUUUUUAACAUCGAGUAGAAAAGAAUCUGCAAUCAAAAGAGUUGAGGAUCUAGAUAAACAAUCAGCCAUCAAAUAUGGAUGCGUUAGAGGUCAAUCUACUGCUGGAUUUUUUGAGAACUCUGACGUGAAUCUUUAUCAAAAAAUGUUUAGCGUAAUGGAAACAUAUGGUGACACAGUAAUGAUGUUUGACAACAAACAAGGUGUAGACCGAGUAAAAAAAGAAAGAGAAGCAUAUGCGUUUUUCAUGGAAUCUAGUACAAUCGAGUAUGAAGUCCAAAGAAAUUGUGAUCUGACAGAAGUAGGAACGUGGUUAGAUAACAAAGCAUAUGGAAUUGCAAUGCCUUUUAAUGCUCCACAUAGAACGGCAGUCAGUAUGGCGUUAUUAAAACUUUCCGAAUCGGGGAAGCUUAUGGAACUAAAAGACAAAUGGUGGUCGGUAUCUGAAGAAAAAAUGUGUCCAGUACCUAAAAACGACUCAGCAGAAUUAGAUGUAAGCGAAGUGGGAGGGAUGUUUGUCAUCCUAAUUUUGGGGUGUAUGUUAGGAUUGAUAUUCUCUCUAUUGGAAUUCUUAUGGAACAUUCGGAAAGUAGCAGUCGCAGAAAAAUUAUCGCCGUGGGACGCAUUCAAGUUGGAACUGAAAUUUGUGCUUAAAUUCCAUUAUUCGACUAAACCAGUCAGGCACACAACAUAUUCGAACGAACCGUCUUCAGAAGACGAGGAAAUAAUUAUAUUUCAUUCUUGUUCAGUGUGCAGUGUGCUUCCGAGUUCUGAACCAUAUGGUAGAGAUAUGUAUGCAAUCGUCGUAAAGAUAUGUACGUCGAUUGCGUUGCUACUGCUCGUGGCGGCUUCCGAAGACGACAUCAAGCCAUUGGCUGGCAACAAAAUCGUAAAAAUCGUUGCGUUGUUUGACGAGAACGAUGAUUCCGUCAAUCAAUUGGCGUACAACGUGAGCGCAAAAAUUGUUAAUAUUAUGGACACGGUAUUACCUAAAAACAGAAUAGUCCAAAGGUCUGAAUACGUCGUAAACGAUAUGUAUAACGUGACACGUGUUGUAUGCGACACGUUGAAGCUUGGAAUCGCAGCAUUUAUUGAUGGAACCGAUGACGAAGACGUUGAAAAUGUGAUCAGAUCUAUUAGCACCCGUACGCAAAUACCAUUCAUUGAAACGCAUUGGAAAAAAUUUCACCGACCUCCCGAUCCUUACUCCAUCAAUAUUUAUCCUGAUCCGUCACUUUUGGCACAGGCCAUAAGAGAUAUAAUAUUGGAUAUGGAUUGGGAGUCUUUCACUGCUAUAUAUCAAAGUCCAGAAAGUUUGAUUAGACUUAAAGCUCUAUUAAUGCAUUUUGAUUACGGACAAAAGGCUCCGGGAAAAUCUAUUAAAAUCAUUCAAAUUCCACCAACGGACGACUUUCGGCCGUUGUUCAAGGAAUUAAAAUUGUCCGGUGAAAAACACAUUAUAUUAGAUUAUGAAGUCGAACACAUCACGCACAUACUGAGACAAGCGGAAGAAGUUCACUUUAUGGGAGAUUACCAAAGCUACGUCAUUACAAAUUUGGAUGCGCACACGCUAAGUUUCGAAGAGUUCCAUAAAUCGAUGGCCAAUAUAACUUUGAUCCGAUUAAUAGACCCAGAAAAUCAGCACGUCAGAAAUGCCGUCGAGGAAAUCGUGUUCAAUGAACAAAAAAACGGAAGGAUUAGUGUUUUAUCUCCAAAUACGAUCAAAACAAAAACUGCGUUGAUGUACGACGCGGUUAACUUUUUCGCAACCUCGCUCCAUGGUUUAGUAGCUACGCAAACUAUGGGGCCGACGAGAAUCGCUUGCGACGACAUAAAACCAUGGGUACACGGAUACAGUCUAAUCAAUUACAUGAGAGUGAUGGAGUUGAACGGAUUGACAGGAAAAAUGAGAUUUGAUGCCGAGACAGGCAACAGAAAUUACUUCAAAGUAGAUGUAGUCCGAGUGCAAGAGAGUAAAAAACAUCGUUUGGGAUCUUGGGACCCGUUAGAGGGGAUGACGCUGACAAGAUCGGCAUCGGAAAUGAACUUAGAAUUCGCCCAAUCAAUUACGAACAAAACGUUUAUUGUCGUUGGUAAAUUAGUACAACCAUAUCUGAUGAGAUGCAAUGCCACGGAAAAAGGAAUGGACAAAGACGAAGAAUGUUUUGAAGGUUUCGCGUAUGACUUGGUCGAGGAAAUGGCCAAGUACAAUGGAUUUAAAUUCAAAUUUACCACAAACCAAGAUUAUGGAACUAUGCAAAAGACUGGCAAGUGGAGUGGUAUGAUUGGAGAGCUGCAGUCUAUGCGAGCUGAUCUAGCGAUAUGUGACCUUACGAUCACUUUCGACCGGCGAAACGCUGUCGACUUCACAACGCCAUUCAUGACGCUAGGUAUAAGCAUACUAUACGCAAAACCGGAGAAGAAGAAACCACAACUAUUCUGGUUCCUGAACCCACUGUCGUUCAGCGUCUGGAUGUACACAGCAACCGCGUACCUGGGCGUGUCGUUGUUCUUGUUUAUGUUAGCCAGAAUGACACCGUUCGAAUGGGAACUCCCGCACCCGGUCAAGCCCGGAGACAACACGAUGGAGAAUUCGAUGACGCUGCUCAACUGCCUGUGGUUUUCGAUCGGUUCCGUACUGUGUGCCGGAUGCGAAGUCCUACCCAAAAUUACACCCAACGAAUGGCACGAUCCACAGCCGUGGAAAGACGGUAACAACGAGCUUGAGACUAGGCUUAAUGUGGCUAAUUUGAUAUGGUUCAGUUGCGGCACCAUGUUGCAACAGGGUUCCGAUAUAUCACCUCAGGCAGUAUCCACGCGUUUAGUGGCAGGCAUGUGGUGGUUUUUCGCGCUGAUCAUGACCUCAUCGUAUACCGCCAACCUGACAGCGUCUAUUACCAGCGGACGUUUGGAAACACCGAUCAAGAACGUCGAUGACUUGUCGAAAGACUCGAACAUCCAGUACGGCUGUUACGAGGAAGGAUCGACGGCCAGUUUUUUUCAGAGAUCGAACUUGAGUUUGUACCAGAGGAUGUGGAGCGUGAUGGAAUCGUCUAACCCGACCGUGUUCACGAAAAGCAACCAGGAGGGCGUGGACCGAGUACUCAAGGGCAAAGGCCGGUACGCGUUUCUCAUGGAAUCGUCGAGCAUCGAGUAUCAGACAGAACGCAAUUGCAACUUGAUGGAGAUCGGCAACACGCUCGACUCCAAAGGGUACGGCAUAGCAAUGCCGAUGAAUUCGCCGUACCGUACGCUGAUCAGCGAAUCGGUGCUGAGAUUACAAGAGUCCGGAUUCAUGCGAGAGCUUAAAGACAAAUGGUGGAAAGUUCAAGGAGACAAUAAAUGCGAGGAAGAAGACGAAAGCGACGAACUCGGUUUUACGAAAAUCGGUGGCGUUUUUGUGGUAUUGGUUCUCGGAUGUUUAAUUGCGUUUAUGUUUUCUAUACUGGAGUUUUUGUGGAACAUCCGGAAGGUGGCCAUCGAAGAAGAGAUUACACCGAAAGAAGCGUUGGUUUUAGAAUGGAAAUUCGCGAUGAAAUGUGACGGAGGAGUGAAGCCACUUAGACGACGGCAUCAUGCCGAUACAAACUCUGACACGAGCUAAAGAGAUGACUACGAACGACAUUUAGAAUACUAUUGUAGGUUCUUAAAAUAUUCCAAAUCACGUGAUGUUUAACAACUAACUACAUUAUGAACAAUAAUCACUACUGAAUGCAGUACGACUGAAUAGUAUUACACAUACAUGUAAAAUUUAUAAAAUAAACCAACUCAUUAAAUAUCAAACAUA